CUCGCUCGCAGCGGCCACGGGGCAUCCGGACCGAGGGGCCCGAUCCGGCCCGCUCGCUCAGGGGUGCCCAGCCCGCAGCUCAGCACCCCGGGCUGGCAUGGGGCACACACAAGCCCUCGCCAGCAGGAUCAGGCUUCUCCUUUCUCCUGUGGCGGAGCCCGGCGUUCGGCGCUGCCGAUGGCUUGGCGGGUGGCCGCGGCGGCUCCGCUCCUGCUCGGGCAGCUCAGCCUCUUCCCGCUGCGGCUCUCGGGUGUGGGUGCCCAGGCGGAUCAGGGCUUCGAGCUGCAACAGCCCCAGGACAAGGUGUCGGUGGCAGCAGGGGAGACGCUCACUCUGACCUGUAUCACAUCUGGAGACAGUCCCCCUGGCCCUGUGAGGUGGCUGAAGGGCUGGGGCAGUGAGAACGAGACCAUCUAUGGGCCAGGGGUCUCCUUCCCCCGUGUGACGAGUGCAGUGAAUGGGUCCAACACAGACUUCAGCAUCCGCAUCAGGGACGUUCACCCUGGGGAUUCGGGCACCUAUUACUGUGUGAAGUUCAGGAGAUCACUGGGAGGUGAAGAGCUGUUUCAGCAUGGAAAGGGCACAGAGGUGUCUGUGACUGUGUCAGCCCUGCUCCCCAGCAUGGCGGCUGCAGCGGGGCUGCUCUGCUUCCUCCUCCUCCUCGGCCUCCUCGGCGCCCUUUGCAUGUACAGGAGGAAGCGCAGAGGCCGAGCAGAGGGCCAGGGCCUGGCUGGGCCGGCGGCCACGGGCGGCUUCUCACCCGUCCCUCUGCGGUGCUGUGCAGGGACCCCCAGCACCCCCAGCAGCAAAGUCCUGGAUGCAGAGACCUCACCCCUGCCCAGACAGCAAAGCACCAAGGAGGACAAUGACAUCCACUACGCCGACCUGCAGCCCCUGCCCGCGGGCGCGUGGCCCGGCCCGAGCCCCGGCACAGGCUGCUCCGAGUACGCCAGCGUCAGGGUGGCUGCCCAGUGACGUGGGGCACCGCAGGCUGCCAGGCUCAGGAGCCCAUUUUGGGGGAGGAAGUGGGACAUUUGUGCAGGGCACAAUAAAGAAGUGGAUCUGUUUGCAUGGCA